AUGACCCAAUGCGGCGCCGCCACUGUCAUUCCUCGCCGGGGUUCCAUCUUCCCCCAUAUUCAGGGUCUUGAGUCAUGUAAAAAAUGGCUCAGGAACUUUUUCUAUGUUAAGAACUCCUCUGCGGCCGACAAGAUCAAUCUGCCGGGAUUCGAAGUCGGCCCCCCGGAAGAGAAGAGAAACUGGUCUUACGACCCAAAGGAGACCAAUCCGGAGGUCAACGAGAUCCACGCCGCCAUCCUCGAGCUCAAGGAGGAGGGGAUGACGGCCUAUGAUCUAUUGGUGACAUUUGUAUACCGGCGGCUGUGCCCGCUCCAGUGCCGGUUACACAAGAUGUGCUUCUACAAUGGUCAGUUCGACCCGGACCGGGUGUCAACCGUCCGGCUUGACCAGGUUCAAGUCCGGCGCCAGGUUAAAGCUAUUGCGAAGACUAGCCUGCCGGAGCACUGGAACCGGGGUAUGCCGGCAUACAGCCGGAAGCACCGUGCGCCCCUGGUCUGCAUGAACAAGCGCACCGCAGCCUUUAAGGGGCUGUUGGGCAAGUAUAAGGAGCUGGCGAUGGCCCAGAGACGACACCCAAGUAGCGAAGCUACUGAAGCACGUCGUCAGGUCCAAGACGAGAAGACUCGGCUAGCCGAGCAGCACCGAGAGGACGUGGCUCGGCUGCAGGCGCAAAUCUCGGCGCAAACAGAGGCACACAAGACCGAGGUGGGUGAGCUCACCUCGACCCUCUCUACCCAGGCUGAUGAGAGGAUCCUCCUGGAGAAUGAGGUGAAGAAGUGCAAAGGUUUGGUCGCCGAGACUGAGACCUGCGCCGUUGCCGCCGAAAAAGAGGACGCUGAGAAGACCCGGCGGUUUCAGGUUGUCCGGCAUGAGCUCAUCAAGAUCGAGGCCAUGCUGACCAAAUCCUUUCCACAAUCGGUCGAGACCGCCGAAGCCGCCGUGAUCAAGGCACGCAAGAAGAGGGAUCCAAUCGGGACCACCCCCUUCGAGUACGACUUAGAGGAUUAUCUGGUUAGCAUUGCUAGCCGGGUAAAACCUCUAAAAUCGUGCGGGGUGAACAUGCUGAACGCCGGCAUCCGCGCCUUCCGGGCUCUGUGGCCGGGAGAGGAGGCUCCGACCGGCAUCCCCGAGUUAGCAACGCGCCUGCUGGAGGUAGGGGAUCGCCUUAACGAGUGGCGGGAAUCGGCCGCGCACGUUGGCGCUGACGAGGCCUUGUCGUUCGUACUGUCUUGGUACGACGGCAUCAAUCUUGACGUGCUGUAGUCAAUGCGUGCCGGUUCCCCCUACCUCAUGGACCCGGAGCUGAUCGCCAAGCGCAAGGAGCGGGCCCAUUCCUUCAUGCAGUAUGCCGUCGUGCAUACGUUCGUGGAGGGCCCACCAUCCGAAGCUGAGGCCGAGAUGACCGAUGGCGAUGAAGAGGAGGCAAUGGAUGAGGAGAUUGUCGUUGAGUUGGCCUCCACCGCAAUGGAGGUACAAAGCUCCGGCGCCAACCAUCCCUCCGUCUCUUCUUAG